GCUUGUUUUCUUGAGCAAAAUAUCGAUCUUUGCCACCGUAAGAAGUUAAGUGGUGACCAUUACGCUGGAAAACCUAAAAAUGAUUAGUUUUGGGGAUAGAAAACUUGUCAAACAUGACAACACUUGUUGACAAGUCCUAUAUUGCAAGGAAGCCUGAUACAGUAUUUUGGAAGCACAUAGACGAGUCAUCACUUGAACGCUGGGAAUUCAGCUGAAUAUUCAGUAUCUCCAUAUCCUUGAAGUCUAAUAGAGUGGAUUGCUGCCGUAGCAAUUAUGGGACUCAGUGAAUUAGAAGAUUUACGACAACGCUAUAGUCGCCUGGAGGAGCUCUAUAGCGAAACCGUCAAGGAAAGAGACCUAGCCAUCGAGGAGAGGGACAAAGCUACUGUGCUUAUUGCCCUUCAGUUACAAAGCGAGACCGAAGAACUGAACAAGCAGAUUGAAAAAUUGCAAAUUCAAAACAGGAAGUUGGACGAAGAGAAUCAGGAUCUUGAAAUAAGACUCGGGUAUGCCAAGGAUGACCUGAAUAAGUUGCAGCAAAGGCACAUAGAACUACAGAUCGAGCAAGAGAGAUGUUUACAAGAGAAAGAAGAUGCGUUGGCCAAACUGAGAGAAUUUGAUAAUUUUAGGGAUAAAAGCCACAUUAAUGAAUUCAUUGAUAAACAAGGUGAAGUGAAAAUGGCGAGCGGAGAAAAGGAUCCCGCUUACAGCAAUGUCAGGGACGAGAUUUUCACAUCAGGUAUCGAAGAAGACCUGGAACUGCAACCCAAACCACCCGUGACACUGAAGAAGUCAAGUCUGGAGGAUGUAUAUGAUGUCCAUGCGGAAAUUGGAAAAGGGAAGUUUGGUGUGGUGAAGAAAGUCACAGAACGUUCCUCGAAGACCACGUUCGCGGCCAAACACAUUCGGCUCAGCUCAGCUGGUAGUGGUUCAUCGCGAGACGAUAUCAUGCGUGAAAUUGAUAUAAUGAACAAGCUACACCAUAAGAGGCUUGUGGGAUUGGUUGAUGCAUUUGAUACGUCCACGAAUAUCGUCAUGAUCAUGGAAUUUGUGUCUGGAGGUGAGUUAUUUGAACGAGUGGCGGAUGCCGAUUGUCUGACAGAGAGAGAAGCUUCCUUUUACAUGUACCAAUUACUGCAGGGUCUGCAAUACAUGCACACGAAGAAUAUUGUGCAUCUAGAUCUAAAGCCUGAAAAUAUCGUCUGCGUCAGCAAGGAUAGUUGGGACAUCAAACUUAUCGACUUUGGCUUAGCACAGGAGCUCGUGCCAGGGGUCCGAAUGACUGCACUCAAGGGAACCCCUGAGUUCAUGGCCCCUGAAGCAGUCAAUUUUGAGCCCAUUUCAUUGGCUACUGAUAUGUGGAGCGUUGGUGUUAUAGCUUACAUCCUUCUAAGUGGGUUGUCACCUUUUCUGGGAGAAGAUAACAAUGAAACCCUAGCCAAUGUGACUGCUGUGGAGUGGGACUUUGAAGAUGAGAGCUUUGACGUCAUCUCCGACGAAGCUAAAAAUUUUAUAGCUCAACUAUUGGUAAAAAGCAACAGAAAAAGGAACACAGUCAAACAUAGUCUGGAGCAUGAAUGGAUGAAGAAAAGUGCAUCAGCAAAUGCUGUCAAAAUAGACACCAAGAAGCUAAAACAGUUUUUAGCAAAACGAAGGUGGCAGAUUCCCUUCUUAAGCGAAAGUGCCAGUCAUUCAAAGAUGCUGACUGAGGAUGAAAUCCUCGAGAAAUCUGUGAACGCACUAAAAGCAGUCCGUCGAUUAUCCACAUUGUCAUCUCUCAUGAAAAUUAAAAAUCGUCCUUCGAUUGCGCCGUCGUUACCAACUCUUCUUUCCUCCAAGGAGGAUGUUGAAGAUACAACUGGCAAUGAUGGAAUUCGUGAAGAAAAAGGUGAAGAUGAAGCUGGCGAAACUACCAACGAAGAAUAUGUAUCAAAAGAGGAGGCUCACGAGGAAAAGCCGAAAGUUGAAAGCAUCUUGUCAGAGGAUGACGAAGAAACUGAGUCAGAAGAUGAAGAUGAAUUUGUAACAAAAGAGUUUGUUACGAUCAGAGAAGGCGAUGUACAAAAAUUCUACUGUAUCGAAGAAGAGGUUGGCAGGGGUCGUUUUGGCAUUGUUAAGAAGUGUGUCGAGCUUGACACUGCAACGAGGUUCUGUGCGAAGCUUAUCAAAUCGCGACCCACACAGAAGUAGGAGUUUAAGCGUGAGAUUGAC